AUGGACCUAUUCCAAUACGAACCCCUAGACCUUACAGGGAAAUCCUUCCGGCUACUCAUGCUUCAUCCGGGAUCCACCGGCGAGAUAUCCUGUGAUAUCUUUGAAGCAAGCCUGGAUUCCGACGGUAUUAUACCCUACGAAGCUUUGUCAUAUGCGUGGGGUAGCAUUGGUCUCUCGGCCUCCAUCAUUGCCAACGGCAAAACUCUCCGCAUCACGAACAAUCUGUUCACUGCUUUGAGCCAUGUCCGAGAUGACUCGAUUGGCAGAGUGAUGUGGAUCGACGCUGUCUGCAUUGACCAGGCCAAUAUUGCUGAGCGAGGUCAUCAGGUUGGACAAAUGGCAGGUAUCUACAGAGGCGCAGAACAGGUCAUUAUUUGGCUUGGUCCGUCCACUUUCGAGACAAAGCUGCUCAUGGGUCAUCUGAAAGAGCUUCAGCGGUCUUUCGUUCGCCACAAGCGUCACGAAGACGACCUCGCAUGGGCGAAACAGAAGUGGUCGACCAUUCGCCAAGGCUCCGAACAAGAUCAAGCUGUUCUAGUCGAUCUCCAACGAAAUGCACUCCUUUCUCUUUUGAGCCAAACUUGGUUCACAAGGAUAUGGAUCUUACAGGAAGUCUCAAAUGCGCGCGUAGCCAUCGUGCAAUGCGGUAACCAGUUCGUCCAAGCUCAUAUGCUGAACAUUGCCUCGAAGCUUGUCGGCGUGACUCCGGAGGCUGGGUGCCAGGCCGUGCUAGAUCUAUUUCCAACCUCAUCGACCCAGAGAUCCCCAAGAAUGGAUGUAUUGCCAACCUUGUUGCAAAAGUUUCGAAAGAGCAAGGCAAGCGACCCCAGGGAUAUGGUUUACGCCCUUGUGGCCAUAGCCUCCGACGUCCCGGAAGGUGACUCGGACGGGAUUCUCACGCCAGACUACUUUAAAACCGAGAAGCAGCUCGUUGAAGAGCUCAGAAAAUAUCUGUUUCUUGAUUUGCAAUAUGGGAGGCACAUUUUCGAGUACACGAUGGUAUUGUUCCUCGAAGCCUUACCCCAAGAGACAGGAGGAAUCCUCAGGAGCUUCGUGGUCGAUGGUCUGACAGAGCACGUCCGUACGCUUCUUGAUAGAGGCCAAAGAUUCACCGUGGAUGGAGAAACGGUCGUCCGUUUGAUGACAGGAAAGGGCGGUCAUGGUGUCAAACUCCUCUCCGACCUGAUUGGUCUCGAGCACCAGAAUUUGAGAUUCGAUACACAAGGGAUGGCGACCGCGCUUGGGGUCUGCGACUACGCAACGGCAGAGAAGGUUAUAAACCUUCAUCAAGGUGACAUUCAAGUCGAUCGUCAUUUUGUCGAGGCUUUUUUCAAACGAGAACAAACCAGAAGUAACGUCACAAAGCUAUUCGUCGAACGAAAACGCCAUUCCAUCGAAGUCACACAAACAGGUUUUGAAUCGUUGCUAGAUAACUGCCACUCAGUAGCAAUAAUCAAAUUGUUUCUUGAACAUCAGAAACAAAUCUACAGAAUCACCGACUUCACUCUUCAAUUAGCCGCUUACGAGCGUGUUUUCAACCGAGGCCCCAGCAGGAGCGAUACCUUCACUAGAAUAAUCGAAAUUGCGGGUGAUCACACCGUUCAGACAAAAUUCGACUUAGAUGCGUUGCUGCGAUUGAUUCGAUGCCAUGACACGGGGAAAAUGGCGUUACUACUUGAAAGCCAUUUUAAGAAAGUUAGGGCCUUUGCUUGUGGAGGGUCUCCCGAGCGCAUUGUCUGGUCGUUAGACAUCAUGCCGGAUUCAGACUCAUCGCAAAUCAGGAAGGAGAUUGAAGACAUGAAGAACAACAUGAUCCGUAGCACCGAGUCAGAGCCAACGAUGACUCGGAUAAUUAGGGUCGAGACGGAAUCUAGCAACGAUCGAUGUAAAAAGAUUUCGAUUAUUCAGGCACAAGACAAGAAGGCUGUUGGUCGUCUAGAGUACCCACGAGGACAUCCGGUCAAAGAUCGCGGCGCAGACAUGAUCCGUCAUUCAUGUCAAGUAUCAGCUUGA